AUGGACGAGCUUGCGACAAUCUCUUGCUCAAGGCCAGGUCGAUUGCUCGCUCGGCGACAUUCGCUCAGAGCGCGAGAUGACCUCAUCGAACGAUUCGAUCGACUGCAAGUCCUCGGUCUGCAACGGGAUGGUCCCAACGCCUUACACGCUCAUGGGCGCUUCUCCCGUCUCGAUCAGCCCGGUCAUGGCGGAUGCGUCAACACUCUGUCUUGGUCACAAGACGGCCAAAGGUUGCUAAGUGGCAGCGAUGACACUCGUCUUUGUCUCUGGAAGCUCGGCAGACGACCUGAUCUACCUUAUUCGCUCGGUCUCGAGAGGGUCAUCGAGACGGGACACUCUGCUAACAUCUUCUCUGCCAAGUUCUUGCCUCACUCGGCCAAUGCUGGCUUGGUGUCUGCGGCAGGCGACGGAGAGAUACGCUGCUUCGAUCUCAACAAGGGCAGCGGCAGUGUGCGGCAUAUGAACAAUAGUGGCAAUACAUGGGAUAUAUACUCUGCGCCCACGCCUGCUUGUACUCGCAUUCUUCGCUGUCAUCGCGAUCGAGUCAAGAGAGUCGCGCUCGAGGACAGCGCCCAUCUGUUCCUGACGUGCUCUGAGGAUGGCACGGUCAGGCAACACGAUCUACGGAUACCUCACCUUUGCCUGCCGAGAGACCAGUACCAAUGUCCUGAUCCGCUCGUCGAUUACUCAUCUCAUUAUAUGUCACUCUACACGCUCACAACGUCGCCAUUGCGUCCCGAGCUCAUGGUCGUCGGCGGCUCGAGUCCUUUCGUCUAUCUGCACGAUCGUAGAAUGCUCAGGAAUGCCAACAAUCAUUGGGGCCUAGCCAGCAAGCCCGGCAGGAUCACUCAAUGUGUCCGUAGAUUCGGUCUGCCUGCCACAUUAGCCAGUCCAGCCGAGCUCGAGCGAUCAGAAGUAUACACAGCCGAAGGCGACAAUCACGUCACAGCUGCUAAGCUGAGCGAAUACAACGCAAGAGACCUACUCGUGUCCUAUUCAAAUGCGAAAGCAGACGGAGUAUACUUGUUCGACGUCUUUGGCGAGACUCACGAAGAGUCGCAGGCCUUACGCUCGCAUAGGAGGAGCUCAGCAAAACCAAAGGUGCCUGCCAAACGAAAACGACCGCCUCAAGUCAACUUGCCCAGCGAGACCGAUUCGCACAACUCCGAAAUUGUCACCCUGGCAGAUGAUGAACCGAGCUUUGACAUCCAUGACGAUGGCGGUCUUUACGAAGACGCAGGCAGUGAAGACAUUGAGCCAGAUUCGAGCAGCGAUAUGGAGCUAUCUUCUGGCCAAAGUGAACAGUCGUCGAAUUCCGAUACGGGCACUGCGCGUGCUAGGCAACACCAAGCCAUGCUCAAUCGUCAGAAGCGAGAGCGCAGUCUCGAGGGCGACGUUCCCAUCGUUCUACCUGUUCGACAGUACAAGGGCGCGCGCAAUCAGGAAACAGUCAAGGAUGUCAAUUUUGACAGCACUGGCUCACACGUCGUCUCUGGAUCUGACGAUUCGCAUGUCUUCAUCUGGAAUCUGCAGACGGCAAGAAUCGAAACGAUCCUCAAGGGGGAUUCCGAGAUUACCAAUGUGAUCCAAUUCAAUCGGAUCUAUCCGCUCAUGGCUGCUUCUGGACUGGACAAUACGAUUAAGAUUUUUGGACCGGUUGACGAGCCAGCGUCAGAGCAUGUGAGAACGGCUCAGGCAGCAGAGAUCUUGCAGCGCAACGCGCGACAGGGUGGACGCGAGAGAGGUAUGCGAGCGUUCAGCGCGGCCGACAUGGUUGCUUUCCUUUCUGGCAUGCAAGGCGACGCGGAAGGCUCGGACGCAGAAGAAGGCGAUGGAGCGCGACGACAGGUGACGAUACCUCUGGCUGCGCUGAGGGAAAGAUUCCAAGAAGAAGGCAACACCGAAUGUGUGAUCGUCUGA